UACAUUUGGUGGCCCAGAGACUUCCCCAAUGGCAAAUUCCAAGUUUGUCAAAUUCAAUUUCCAGAUUAUGUCAACUUUUGUUCACAUUCUCUAUUUGUACCCAUUUUCCUGAUGAAAUUACAUUCCUAAGAAGAGGCAAGCAAGCCAUUUUCACCACUAAAUAG